GCGGCCUCGGAGCUCUGAUGGCUGCGGGGAGCUGAGAACCCGAGACCUAGCCAGGGACACCGAGACCCUCCCCGCCCCCUUCCUCCCUCCCCUCGGGGAGCCGCCCCCCUUCCCGGCCGGGCAGGCGGCGGGACAUGGCGGCCCACAAGCCGGUGGAGUGGGUGCAGGCCGUGGUGACCCGCUUCGACGAGCAGCUUCCCAUAAAAGCCGGCCAGCAGAAUACCCACACCAAAGUCAGCACAGAACAUAACAAGGAAUGUCUCAUCAACAUUUCCAAGUACAAGUUUUCCCUGGUCAUAAGUGGUCUCACUAAUAUCUUAAAAAAUGUUAACAAUAUGAGGAUAUUUGGAGAAGCUGCUGAAAAGAAUUUAUAUCUCUCUCAGCUGAUUAUAUUGGAUACACUGGAAAAAUGUCUUGCUGGGCAACCAAAGGACACGAUGCGACUAGAUGAGACGAUGCUGGUCAAACAGUUGCUGCCAGAAAUCUGCCAUUUUAUCCAUACGUACCGUGAAGGAAACCAACAUGCAGCCGAACUUCGCAAUUCUGCCUCUGGAGUUCUCUUCUCUCUCAGUUGCAAUAAUUUUAAUGCAGUCUUCAGCCGCAUUUCCACCAGAUUACAGGAACUGACUGUGUGUUCGGAAGAUAAUGCUGAUGUUCAUGAUAUUGAACUUUUACAGUAUAUUAGUGUGGACUGCAUAAAACUGAAACGAAUAUUGCAAGAGACAGUAUUUAAGUUUAAAGCCCUAAAGAAAGUAGCUCAACUGGCAGUUAUAAACAGUCUUGAAAAGGCAUUUUGGAACUGGGUGGAAAACUAUCCUGAUGAAUUCACAAAGCUGUACCAGACACCACAGACUGAUAUGGCGGAUUGUGCAGAGAAGUUGUUUGACUUGGUGGAUGGGUUUGCCGAAAGCACGAAACGUAAAGCAGCAGUUUGGCCACUGCAAAUCAUUCUUCUUGUCCUGUGUCCAGAAAUCAUUCAAGAUAUAGCCAAGGAUGUGGUGGAGGAAACCAAAAUAAACAAGAAACUGUUUCUGGACAACCUCAGGAAAGCACUCGCAAGCCAUAGUGGGAGCAGACAGCUGACUGAAAGUGCUGCUAUUGCUUGUGUUAAACUCUGCAAAGCAUCCACCUACAUCAACUGGGAAGAUAAUUCUGUCAUUUUCCUUCUGGUGCAGUCCAUGGUUGAUGAUCUUAAGACCUUGCUGUUUAAUCCGUGUAAACCUUUCUCGAGAGGCAAUCAGAAUGCAGAUGUAGACCUUAUGAUAGACUGCUUAGUUUCCUGCUUUCGCAUAAACCCUCAGAACAACCCAUACCUUAAGAUCUGCUUGGCACAGAAUUCCCCAUCAACGUUUCAUUAUGUGCUGGUAAACUCACUCCAGCGAAUAAUCACAAAUUCUGAAGUAGACUGGUGGCCCAAGAUUGAUGCUGUGUACUGUCACUCCGUGGAACUCCGCAGCAUGUUCAGUGAAACACUUCAAAAAGCUGUGCAGAGUUGUGGGGCGCAUCCAGCAAUUCGUAUGACACCGAGUCUUACAUUUAAAGAGAAAAUGACAAGCCUUAAAUUUAAAGAAAAACCUACAGACUUGGAAACCAGAAGUUAUAAGUUUUUGCUGUUAUCCAUGGUAAAACUGUUACAUGCUGAUCCAAAGCUCUUGCUGUAUAAUCCAAGGAAGCAAGGGCCUGAGACACAGAGUAGCACUGCUGAAUUAAUUACUGGACUUGUACAACUUGUUCCACAGUCCAACAUGCCAGAAAUAGCCCAAGAAGCCAUGGAGGCCUUGCUAGUUCUUCAUCAGUUAGAGAGCAUUGAUUUAUGGAAUCCAGAUGCACCCAUAGAAACAUUUUGGGAAAUUAGUUCACAAAUGCUUUUCUAUAUCUGCAAGAAAUUAACUGGUCAUCAGAUGCUCAGCAGCACAGAAAUCCUCAAGUGGUUGCGUGAGAUUCUGAUCUGUAGGAACAAAUUUCUUCUAAAAAAUAAACAAUCAGAUAGGAGUUCCUGUCAUUUUCUCUUCCUUUAUGGGGUAGGAUGUGAUGUCUCUGGCGGUGGAGCUAGUCAACUUUCUCUUGACCAUGAAGAGAUGCGCUGUGCUCCGGGAGCUACCCUCAGGAAAGGGAAAGGCAACUCUUCCAUGGAAAGUACAGCAGGAUGCAGUGGAACUCCAAUAUGUCGCCAAGCCCAAACAAAAUUAGAGGUUGCCCUGUACAUGUUUCUGUGGAGCCCUGACAUUGAGGCAGUUCUCGUUGCGAUGUCCUGUUUCCGUCAUCUCUGUGAGGAAGCAGAUAUCAGGUGUGGAGUAGAUGAAGUCUCGGUACAUAAUUUUUUGCCAAACUACAACACCUUCAUGGAGUUUGCGUCUGUCAGCAAUAUGAUGUCAACAGGGAGAGCAGCUCUUCAGAAAAGAGUGAUGGCAUUAUUAAGGCGCAUUGAACAUCCAACUGCAGGCAACACUGAAGCAUGGGAAGAUACACAUGCAAAGUGGGAACAAGCUACAAAACUAAUCCUCAACUACCCAAAGACCAAAAUGGAAGAUGGCCAGGUUACUGAUAGUCUUCACAAGACAAUUGUCAGGCGACGAAUGUCUCAUGUUAGUGGGGGAGGCUCCAUAGACUUGUCUGACACAGAUUCUCUGCAGGAAUGGAUCAACAUGACAGGGUUCUUGUGUGCUCUCGGAGGAGUGUGUCUCCAGCAUCGUAGCAAUGCAGGAUUAGCAACUUACAGCCCACCUAUGGGUCCAAUCAAUGAGCGUAAGGGCUCCAUGAUAUCAAUGAUAUCCACCGAAGGAAAUGCAGAGACUCCUGUUAGCAAAUUCAUAGAUAGAUUACUAUCGCUAAUGGUCUGUAACCAUGAGAAAGUGGGACUUCAGAUACGGACUAAUAUUAAAGAUCUGGUGGGUCUGGAAUUGAGUCCAGCACUUUAUCCAAUGUUGUUUAACAAACUGAAGAAUACCAUCAGCAAAUUCUUUGACUCUCAAGGACAGGUUUUGUUAACUGAGACCAACACACAGUUUGUAGAGCAGACAAUUGCUAUAAUGAAAAACCUGCUUGAUAAUCAUACUGAAGGGAGCUCAGAACAUCUGGGGCAAGCUAGUAUAGAGACCAUGAUGCUAAAUCUAGUCAGAUAUGUACGUGUGCUUGGAAAUUUGGUACAUGCAAUUCAAAUAAAAACUAAACUCUGUCAACUAGUGGAGGUAAUGAUGGAGAGGCGAGAUGACCUUUCGUUUUGCCAAGAGAUGAAAUUUAGGAACAAAAUGGUGGAAUAUCUGACAGACUGGGUUAUGGGCACAUCCAACCAAGCAACAGAUGAAGAUGUAAAAUGCCUGACAAGAGAUCUAGACCAAGCAAGUAUGGAAGCAGUGGUCUCUCUCCUCGCUGGGCUUCCAUUACAGCCUGAAGAAGGAGAUGGUGUUGAACUGAUGGAAGCCAAAUCCCAAUUAUUUCUUAAAUAUUUCACUCUAUUUAUGAAUCUUCUAAAUGACUGUAGUGAAGUUGAAGAUGAAAGUGCACAAACAGGUGGCAGGAAACGUGGAAUGUCUCGAAGACUGGCUUCGUUGCGACACUGCACUGUUCUUGCUAUGUCAAACUUACUCAAUGCUAAUGUGGACAGUGGCCUUAUGCACUCAAUAGGCUUAGGUUAUCACAAAGAUCUCCAAACAAGAGCUACAUUCAUGGAAGUCCUCACCAAAAUUCUACAGCAGGGUACAGAGUUUGAUACGCUAGCAGAAACUGUACUAGCAGAUCGGUUUGAGAGAUUGGUGGAAUUGGUCACUAUGAUGGGUGACCAAGGAGAGCUACCUAUUGCUAUGGCAUUGGCCAAUGUGGUCCCUUGUUCGCAGUGGGAUGAACUAGCUCGUGUCCUGGUCACCCUCUUUGACUCCCGGCACUUGCUCUACCAGCUUCUUUGGAACAUGUUUUCUAAGGAAGUGGAACUGGCAGAUUCCAUGCAGACUCUGUUCAGGGGAAAUAGCUUGGCCAGCAAAAUAAUGACUUUCUGUUUUAAGGUAUAUGGUGCUACAUAUCUGCAGAAGCUCUUGGAACCUCUAUUAAGGACCGUGAUCACAUCCUCUGAAUGGCAACAUGUCAGCUUUGAGGUGGAUCCUACAAGAUUGGAGCAUACAGAAAGUCUUGAAGCCAACCAACGGAGUCUCCUGCAGAUGACUGAGAAAUUCUUCCAUGCAAUCAUUAAUUCCUCUUCUGAGUUUCCACCCCAGCUUCGCAGCGUGUGCCAUUGUCUGUACCAGGCAACUUGCCACUCUCUACUGAAUAAAGCUACCGUAAAAGAAAAAAAGGAAAACAAAAAAUCAGUUGUCAGCCAGCGGUUUCCUCAGAACAGCAUUGGAGCAGUUGGAAGUGCCAUGUUCCUAAGGUUCAUCAAUCCUGCAAUUGUCUCCCCUUAUGAGGCAGGGAUUUUAGAUAAAAAGCCUCCACCUAGAAUUGAAAGGGGCUUGAAGUUAAUGUCAAAGAUACUUCAAAGUAUUGCCAACCAUGUCUUGUUUACGAAAGAAGAACAUAUGCGGCCUUUUAAUGACUUUGUAAAAAGCAACUUUGAUGCAGCACGAAGGUUUUUUCUUGAUAUUGCAUCUGAUUGUCCGGCUAGUGACACUGUCAAUCACAGUCUCUCCUUCAUUAGUGAUGGCAACGUACUUGCCUUACACCGUUUACUUUGGAACAAUCAGGAGAAGAUUGGCCAGUAUCUUUCCAGCAACAGGGAUCACAAAGCUGUUGGAAGGCGACCUUUUGACAAAAUGGCUACUCUUCUUGCCUACCUGGGUCCACCUGAGCACAAGCCUGUGGCAGACACACACUGGUCCAGUCUAAAUCUCACCAGUUCCAAAUUUGAAGAAUUUAUGACUAGGCACCAAGUACAUGAAAAAGAGGAGUUCAAGGCAUUGAAAACAUUAAAUAUUUUCUAUCAAGCUGGGACAUCAAAAGCUGGCAAUCCUGUUUUCUACUACAUUGCUCGGCGGUUCAAAACAGGUCAGAUCAACGGUGAUUUAUUGAUAUACCAUGUUCUUCUAACUUUGAAGCCAUACUAUGCUAAGCCAUAUGAGAUUGUAGUGGACCUCACUCACGCCGGGCCCAGCAAUCGCUUUAAAACAGACUUCCUUUCCAAGUGGUUUGUAGUGUUUCCAGGCUUCGCUUAUGAAAAUGUCUCAGCAGUUUAUAUUUACAACUGCAACUCUUGGGUAAGGGAAUACACCAAAUACCACGAGAGGCUUCUGACAGGCCUGAAAGGCAGCAAAAGACUUAUUUUUAUAGACUCUCCCGGGAAAUUGGCAGAACACAUUGAACAUGACCAGCAGAAACUUCCAGCUGCUACCUUGGCUUUGGAAGAAGACUUGAAAGUAUUCCACAAUGCUCUCAAACUCGCCCACAAAGACACCAAAGUUUCUAUUAAAGUUGGGUCUACCGCUGUGCAGGUAACAUCAGCAGAUCGAACAAGAGUCCUGGGACAGACAGUGUUUCUAAAUGACAUUUACUAUGCCUCUGAGAUUGAGGAGAUAUGUCUAGUUGAUGAGAACCAGUUCACCUUAACCAUUGCCAACCAAGGCACACCACUCACCUUCAUGCAUCAGGAGUGCGAAGCCAUCGUGCAGUCCAUCAUUCACAUACGGACUCGAUGGGAGCUGUCACAACCAGACUCCAUCCCACAACAUACUAAAAUCCGCCCUAAGGAUGUCCCUGGAACACUACUGAAUAUAGCAUUGCUUAACCUGGGAAGCUCAGACCCUAGUUUACGGUCUGCUGCCUAUAAUCUUCUGUGUGCCUUAACCUGUACCUUUAAUUUAAAGAUUGAGGGCCAGUUACUGGAGACUUCAGGUCUGUGUAUCCCUGCCAACAACACCCUUUUUAUUGUGUCAAUUAGUAAGACUCUGGCAGCUAAUGAGCCACACCUUACCUUAGAGUUUUUGGAAGAGUGUAUUUCUGGAUUUAGCAAAUCUAGUAUUGAACUGAAACACCUUUGCCUGGAAUAUAUGACUCCCUGGUUGUCGAAUCUGGUCCGAUUCUGUAAGCACAAUGAUGAUGCUAAACGCCAGCGAGUCACAGCUAUUCUUGAUAAGCUUAUAACGAUGACAAUAAAUGAGAAACAGAUGUAUCCUUCCAUUCAAGCAAAGAUAUGGGGGAGUCUUGGACAGAUAACAGAUCUACUUGAUGUAGUGCUGGACAGUUUCAUCAAAACCAGUGCCACAGGGGGCUUGGGAUCCAUAAAAGCUGAGGUUAUGGCAGACACAGCUGUAGCACUGGCUUCUGGAAAUGUGAAAUUGGUUUCAAGCAAAGUAAUAGGGAGGAUGUGCAAAAUAAUCGACAAGACUUGUCUGUCUCCAACUCCUACAUUAGAGCAACACCUGAUGUGGGAUGAUAUUGCCAUUCUAGCACGUUACAUGCUGAUGCUCUCCUUUAACAAUUCUCUUGAUGUGGCAGCACAUCUCCCCUACCUCUUCCAUGUUGUUACUUUGUUGGUGGCCACUGGUCCUCUUUCCCUUAGAGCUUCCACCCAUGGCCUGGUCAUCAACAUCAUUCAUUCUCUGUGCACUUGUUCACAACUUCACUUUAGCGAGGAGACGAAGCAAGUUUUGAGACUCAGCUUGACAGAGUUCUCGCUGCCCAAGUUUUAUUUGCUGUUUGGAAUCAGCAAAGUGAAAUCAGCAGCUGUCAUAGCAUUCCGAUCCAGUUAUCGGGAUAGGUCAUUCUCUCCUGGUUCAUACGAGAGGGAGACUUUUGCACUGACUUCCCUGGAAACAGUUACUGAAGCUCUGCUGGAGAUCAUGGAGGCUUGUAUGAGAGAUAUUCCAACAUGCAAGUGGCUGGACCAGUGGACAGACCUAGCACAAAAGUUUGCAUUCCAAUAUAAUCCAUCUCUGCAACCAAGAGCACUUGUCGUCUUUGGCUGUAUCAGUAAACGGGUGUCACAUGGGCAAAUAAAACAAAUAAUCCGAAUUCUUAGCAAGGGACUUGAGAGCUGUUUAAAAGGUCCUGAUAAUUACAACAGCCAAGUUCUUAUAGAAGCCACAGUUAUCGCACUAACCAAGCUGCAGCCACUUCUUAAUAAGGACUCUCCUAUGCACAAAGCCCUCUUUUGGGUGGCAAUGGCAGUGCUGCAGCUAGAUGAAGUUAACCUUUAUUCAGCAGGUACAGCACUACUUGAACAAAAUCUACAUACCUUAGAUGGUCUUCGGGUAUUCAAUGACAAGAGCCCAGAAGAAGUAUUUAUGGAAAUCAGGAGACCUUUGGAAUGGCACUGCAAACAGAUGGAUCAUUUUGUUGGACUCAACUUUAACUCUAACUUUAAUUUUGCACUAGUAGGACAUCUUCUAAAAGGAUACAGGCAUCCCUCUCCUACCAUCGUAGCAAGGACAGUAAGGAUUUUACACACACUACUAGCUCUGGUUAACAAACAUAGGAAUUGUGACAAGUUCGAGGUGAAUACCCAGAGUGUGGCUUAUCUGGCAGCUUUGCUGACAGUAUCUGAGGAAGUUCGAAGUCGCUGCAGCCUAAAACAUAGGAAAUCUCUCUUGCUGACAGAGGUUUCAAUGGAAAAUGUUCCUAUGGAUACAUAUCCCAUACAUCACAGUGACACCAGCUGUAGGACACUAAAGGAAAACCAACCGUGGUCCUCUCCAAAGGGGUCAGACAGACAUCUUGCUGCCAAUUACCCCACAGUGGGACAGAUUAGCCCACGAACACGAAAAUCCAUGAGCUUGGAUAUGGGACAGCCUUCACAAGCCAACACUAAAAAGCUACUAGGUACAAGGAAAAGUUUUGACCACUUGAUAUCAGACACAAAGGCUCCUAAAAGGCAAGAAAUCGAAUCUGGGAUUACCACACCCCCCAAAAUGAGGAGAGUAGCUGAAAAUGACUAUGACAUGGAAACCCAGAGAAUAUCACCCCAACAACACCCACACCUUCGGAAAGUUUCUGUGUCUGAGUCUAAUGUCCUCCUGGAUGAAGAGGUCCUUACUGAUCCAAAAAUUCAAGCCCUGCUGCUUACUGUUCUUGCAACAUUAGUAAAGUACACUACAGAUGAGUUUGACCAACGAAUUCUUUACGAGUAUUUAGCAGAAGCCAGUGUCGUCUUCCCAAAGGUCUUUCCUGUUGUGCACAAUUUAUUGGAUUCCAAGAUCAAUACUCUUUUGUCACUGUGCCAAGACCCAAAUUUGUUGAAUCCAAUUCAUGGGAUUGUUCAGAGUGUUGUCUACCAUGAAGAAUCUCCACCCCAGUACCAAACUUCUUACCUACAAAGUUUUGGAUUUAAUGGGUUGUGGAGGUUUGCUGGGCCAUUCUCUAAGCAAACACAAAUCCCAGAUGAUGCUGAGCUUAUAGUGAAGUUUCUUGAUGCCUUGAUUGACACCUAUUUGCCUGGAAUUGAUGAGGAAACCAGUGAGGAAUCUCUACUGACACCUACAUCUCCUUAUCCUCCUGCAGUGCAGAGCCAGCUUAGUAUUACUGCAAACCUGAACCUUUCUAAUUCUAUGACCUCACUUGCAACUUCCCAGCAUUCCCCAGGAAUUGACAAGGAGAAUGUCGAACUCUCCCCCACCACUGGACACUCCAACAGCGGGAGGACACGCCAUGGGUCCGCAAGUCAAGUGCAAAAGCAGCGAAGCGCUGGCAGUUUCAAACGUCACAGCUCUAAAAAGAUUGUGUGAAGCUUUUUUUUUUUUAAAAAACUGACUUAUGUACAUGGGCUUCACUAGUGGCCCUCCACCAGUUGUGAUGCUGCACUUAAUUCUUAACGUUCCCAUCCCACCAGCCAUGUUGCCAGAUGAUCAACUCUUAAAACAUUGCCUGAAUUUUAAUGCCUUCUUUUCUUUUCUUCUGUUUUUUGGUUUAAGCCAGUAUUUCAGAACCAUUCAACGGAACCAUUUGUAGAUCCUGAAGAACUUCGUAGAUGAAUGAAGUACGGAAUUCUUUAACAGUGCAGUACAGUAGCUGUCCAAAUAUGAAAGCCAUUUCUCAUAGACCGUUUUACCUUGCUUCUGUUAUAUGCCUUGUUUGUUUCUUCUUUAAAGGAAAGUGUUAAUGUUUAAUCCUGUUUUGCACACUUUUCAAGUUAAUGGCUUUAUGAGCCGGGGAAGUACUAUAAUCCUUGUUAAUUCAAACCCUUCAGAUUUUUAGCUGUGGACUUUUUUUUACCAUACUUAAAAGCAACCUUGAAAUUAGCCACAGUGCAGUAAACCUAACCAGAGGUGGUUGAUAAAUUAAAUCUUUAGUAAUUAGCAAUAAAUUUAAGAGGAGGAGGAGGAGGCCACUUGUCUCUUCAUUUGCCAGAAAGUAGCUUCAUAUAUUUGGAACUGUGUAUGGACCAGACUGGACAAACUGACUUUUUCCAAAGCAAAUUUUAUUUUUUGGUGAACUUUGACUGCACUAAAAGAAAUGGAUGUAUAGAGGAAAGCAAAUCAUCAAGAACUGACUAUUAAUUAUGCUCUCUUAGCCGCUGCUUGGAAAAUUUAUUACUUUUUUUGUUACCACAUAUCCUAUGUUACUUUUGCCCUUUCCACCAAUUUUAUGCACCUUCAAGAAAUUCCUGGCAGAAUAACUAUUUGGGAAAGUUGUAUGAAGUAACUUUCAACUCACUCAGAAUUUUGUUUAGCAAAGCUGCUUGUGUGCUGCCCAAGCAAUGAUACAAAAUCAUUAAUGUUCACUUCAAUGCAAAAUGGUACAUGAAUUUAAAAAUAACUGACAUUUUUGUCAAAGACAGGUUUCCUAUGAAUGUUUGCAAUGCAAUUUCUGCUAUCAGCGUAGACAUUUCUCUCAAAUUUGUCUAGCAGAAUUUUCAAUUUUUUUUUAAACUUGCAAAAAUUGUGUUUGGGGUUUAUAAGAAGUAAACUGAAAUUGCUUUCUAUCACUGUGAAAGAUUCAUCAACUUACAGUAGUAUAUUAACAAUGGAUGACUGUGAUAAUAUGCUGCUAUGUUGAAUGAUAUGUAAUGAAGUAGCACUACGUGCUGCAAAUACUAUAUGGACUAAAAAUGUGCGUAACAUUUUGAUCUCAGAGGUAAAUAUAAAUUCUGACAAUAGAGGGCAUGUCAUCUGGGUGCUCAUUUUAGGGCUAAAUAUAUCUACUGUUAAUGCCAGGUGGUCCCUGUUGUAUGUUAGGAUUUAGCAAUUUAUGAAUGGCUUGAAAGAAAAAAAGUAUAUAGUAUUUAAAAAAAUAAACAAAAAAACCCCUCCCAUAGUGCGAUUUCAGUAGUGGCUUUCAGUAAAUCAAACUCCACAGCUAAAUUAAUAGAGAAUGGUACAACUAAGUGUUCAAAUUUUAUUGAUAUAGCACAUUAUUCACAUUUAUUCACACAGUAACAGUGUAACAUGUUUAUGUAAAUAAAAAUUUGCCUUUAUUGUAUUGAUUCAGAAAAUAACAAUUUAAUUUUUUUAAUUUGUUUACAGUCCUGGAAAAACUAUGAACACAAACUUAAUAUGCAAAUAGUUUGCCAAAAUAAGAGGAAAACUUAGAAUUAGUAGUUAUCUUGAAAUAGAUAUGUUGGAAAAUAUUGAAGACUUGUGCAAUUAACCAAACUUUUUUUAUUCUUGAUCAUGUAGGAGCUGCAGUAGAAACUUAAUUAUUAAAAUUCUACAAAAGCUAUGUAUGAAAUGGGUUAUGAGGAUAGAACUGAAUUUAGGAAUAGAGCAAUGACCAAUGCCAGGUACUAAGCUGCUAUGCAUUCAUAACCUUGGAUAUCACAGAUAAAAUCUCUUCCAUCUAGCACAUCCAAUUGUGUAGUAGUCAGUUUCAAAAUCUGUCAGUUUAAAACCUUGAUCAUAUUGAAUCAAGCUAAUUCUAGCCCUGUCAGUUUUCUCAGUGUUCAGUUUUAUUAAAGAUAAUGAAUCCUAAACAAAACUCACUAAUAUGUUUUUUCUCACCAUAAGGCGGGGAAAUCUUUUUAAGGUAAUAUGCUGUUAGAAAAUAGAAGCUUUUAGCUCUUUCAGUUUCCCUGGUGAGCUAAUUUUCAAAAAUAUUGCAUUUUUCGUGUUUAUUACCGAAUCAGUUUGGGUUGGGUUGAGUAUAUUUAAAACUACCUUUUCCAGAGUUCUGAGAUUGCCUGAAGAAAUUGGAAUUCAUAAAAACUAUGUGCAUUUGAAAUGUGUAUGUUGUGAAAUCAAAAUACAGUGAUCAAAAUUAUCCUUCGUGUGAGAACCGCAGGAGUCACUCAAUACCCGCUUGACGCAAACUGAUUCCAUGUAAAA